AUGAACCAACUAAGCACCGCCACUCCCGAAACAUCUCCAAUAUCUCGCCUAUCACUUUCAACUGAUUGGGAAAGCAAGGAUGUACCUAAUCCACUUGAAAUAUUGAAAAUGGACAAACAGGGCAUGUCCGAUGUGUCACUAUCAACUCGUUUAGCACUAAGGAAGAAUACUGAGUCUAUUGUACCAGUGGAAACAGAAUAUCCCCGUGCUUCUGCCCCUAAAAAGAGGGGUCGACCUAGGAAAAAUCCUGUUCCAGUAUCUACCGCGGCCAGUGAUUCUAGGUCUAAACCUAGCAAGUCUAUUAGCGUUUCUGGUAAAUAUGCGGGACCUAAAAUAUCAAAUGACGACAUAACUGCCAUAGUAGAUAACAUGGAUGAACUAUUUAGACCCACUAAAUCGUUGUUAGGCCCAGAAGCGUUUAACGCGUCUACAUUAAAAUUUAUUGAAAUGAGCACAGGAAUAACCUGCUCGCCAUUAGUGUCCCAGAGCAAUAUCGCAAACAUUGGAAUACUAAAAAUCCAACCUUUAACCCAUUAUGGACCAUAUAUUAAUGUUCAACGGGGUUUCAUCGUACUAAUUAUUUUAAACUCCGAACCUGGAAAAUUGACAUUUGAUUCUGGUCAUGAUAAUUUGGGGCCAGCACAAUGUGAUAACAAUACUCAACUGAUGGUUUGCCCAAAUGACAUGUUCAUGUUGCACAAUACCAGUUCUUCUAUGGAGGCUGAAGUGUUGAUGAUUUUAUGCCACUCAUUAGGCAAUGACGUGGAUCAUCUCAAGGACAUUAAAUAUGCUUACUGA